CACUGGCUUGAGGGGGAAAGACAGAUCGAUAACUAAAUCAUGAUUGCAUCGCUCUACAUACGUAUGUAUCACUCUAGCAUAGGAGUGACUUAUGGUCUCACUUUAGAAUUCGCCACCGAGAACAACAACCCCCUGCAUGUCAAUGGAUGGCAACAUUCUCUUCCCGCCAAACCGCCAGCGGCUAAGUGAAGGCAUCGUCCGUCAGGUCGUGCAACGCACCAAGCCACAGUCACUGGACCUCUUCGCCGUCGCGGCUAGUGGCAGCAGCUCCAUGCACCAGGUCGACGACACGAGACAUUUCCCGAUGAACGAGGCCGAGAUGAAGCGUGUUGCUGCUGAGAUUGAGCUUUGUCGUCAACGCAACCGGAUGCACCAGGCCAAGCACAAGAUGAAGCAGCAGAAGAAAGUACUGGACCUUGAAAUUGGAAUUCGCCAGCUUCGAGACGAAAUCCAGCACCUUAAACUCCAGAAGGAGGUCAUUUCGGCCGGCGUGUCGACCAACAUGACAGUCUGGAGCGUCGCGGCCGAGUACUUCCGUCUUUUUAAGAACGGGUACAAGGGGCCUAUGGCCACACUGCAUCCUUCCAACGUGGGAUCCCAGAAUGUAUCUCUUCAGCGACGUGAGACAUUCGUGCAGCGGGAUUUCUUCAUCGCAACAAUGUGUGAGAAUGUGGCAGGGGAUACUGGUUUUGGCGUGCCGAGUUUACUAGAGGACUGGAGGCAACUGUCGAUGUACCAUGAAGAUAUGGAAAUCGAGCUUGUGCGCCUUGAUGUCGGACCUGAUGAUAAUCUCAUUGCCACGGUUAGGAGUGCUACGACCAUGAGUGAAAAGGCAUUGCGCCAUGGAUUCCCUCACUUGUUCGAAAACGGGCAGUGGACACGACUAGGGGCUAGAUUGCUGGGUCAGCGCAUGGUGAUGCAUGGAGUUGUCAGCUUUAUCUGGGAUGCGGAAAAGGGUCGUGUGUCCAGUAUGCAGUACUCGGUAGACAUGCUGACACCGAUGAUGCAGUUGUUUGAUAACUUGGAGGACUUAGCUCGCGUGUUUGACCGUGCCCAUGUCACACCUGAUAGCAGACUGGUAGCAGCCGAUUAACUUUAAGGCCGUGCACUUCAUUCGUUUUAUCUUUUGAAGAGUUUCUGUUCUCUGAAAUUUAUUUCUUUUAGAUUUCAGAGUUAAGAAGGGAUCCGAUUCGAGGUAUUAUUCUGUCAGCUAUUAAAGUCCUGUCUAAAGCGAUGCCGAUUAGAAAUAUAGGCAUAAAUACUAUAAGUAAUAUAAACCUCUG